UGCAGUAUCUUUUUCUAAUUCCAAUGGGCUCAGGAAACCACUGCAGUGGGCAAAAUUUUAAACAAAGCUUAAUAUAUACAAAGGAAACUCCAAGAAGCUGAAACUUGAUUCCUCUGAAAAGCCUUGAAAAAGCAGCAAAAGUUGGCAUUUUCUCUGCUGACUUCAGCUGGGUUUGGAUUAGGCCCUGUCUUUUGUCUUUCAGCAACAAAAGUAUGUUGCUGCAAUCUUGACGGAGUUCAGAAGUAAUGUCUUGAGAUUGCACCAGGCUGUAAACCACUGAGGCAAAAUGUAAAGUCUCAAUUUCAUUUUACCAUUGUGUGAACCACUUUGAGCCUGCAGUUGGUCUGCAGAUGGUCAGAAACCCAAUGGACUGCAGUGGGUGAUGCAGCAGGGACCUGAUUCAGAUCCUGUUGAUACUGGGGAGGGAGAUUCCUGUUGCCAUUAGCUUGAUUGGAUGAAGCCCUCUCCUGGAUGUAGCAGACACCAUUGGACAAGUCCAGAAUAGGAUACUCUGCUUUGCGUUCAGCAGCACAAACAAGUGAGCAAGGACCUGUGCAGACCUGGUGAAUACAACUGGACUCUUUUGACUCUACUAUGUAUAAAACCAUGAAGAUGUUUUUUUUCUUGUGUCUUUUAAUUGUUGGGAUUCUCUCCAACAGUUACUGCUGUGAACCUUAUCACCAAGGUGUAAGAACCCAAAAUCAAAGAGACCAAGAAAACCAAAAUACGCUGCAGCAGACUGUAGGGAAGAAUGUUUGUCGGUUUGCAUGUUGUUUCUACAAAGAGAUUUCCUCUCGUGAAAACAGUGGGAAUAUUUUCUUCUCUCCUUUGAGCAUCUCUACUGCCUUUGCAAUGCUGACUCUGGGUGCCAGAUCAGACACUCUGACACAGAUUCUGAAGGUCCUUAGCUUCAAUCCACGUGAUAUUUCUGAAAAAGAGAUACAUGAAGGCUAUCGUCAACUCAUGGAAAUGGUAAACAGAAAGAACGAAGGCUUACAGCUGAAUAUGGGAAAUGUCCUCUUUGUGCUUGACCGACUGAAGCCACAAGACAAAUUUUUAAAUGAUCUCAGAAACUUCUAUGAAGGAGAAGCUUAUCCUAUGAACUUCAAGAGGGCCGAUCAAGCCCAAAUAAGGAUCAAUGAAUAUGUAGCAGAAAGAACCAAUGGAAAAAUCAAGGACCUCAUAAAUAACCUUGAUCCACUCACUGAAAUUCUCCUUAUUAGCUAUAUUUAUCUUAACGCUGAAUGGGAAAAACCUUUUGAUCCAAAAUAUACUAAAAAGAGCAAAUUCUUUGUGGAUGGGAAAAGAGCUGUUGAAGUCCCGAUGAUGUUUGGAAUAGGCCUGUUCAAUCAUGGCUAUGAUGAGCAGUUGUCUUCUACUGUGGUGCAAAUGGAUUACAAAGGAGGUGCUUCAGCAUUUUUUAUUCUGCCUGACCAAGGAAGAAUGAAGAAACUGGAGAAAAGAUUGUCUUGUGAACGUAUGUCAAGGUGGAGGACAUUAGUUUCAAAAAGGUCAGUAAAUUUGUACCUUCCAAAAUUCACUCUUUAUGGGACAUACAACCUAAAAAAUGUGUUAUAUAAAAUGGGCAUCAUGGAUGUAUUCACCGAUAAGGCUGAUCUGUCUGGGAUCACUGGGCAGCCUCAGCACAGAAUUUCCCAGGCUAUUCAUAAGGCUGUGGUAAAGGUGGAUGAGACUGGCACCGAAGCAGCAGCUGCCACAGGCAUGGAAAUAGUGCCUAUGUCUGUUCCAGUUACCGUUAAAUUCGACAGGCCUUUCCUAAUGAUGAUAACUAUGAAGGAAACUAUACUCUUCAUGGGAAAAAUUGUGAACCCUCUAAAAAAAGAUUAAAUUGAUGUACAUACUAGGUAUGCAGUGAUCACCACUGUUAAAUCAAGUGUUUGACCCGAUGAGUAUGGCAUGACUAAAGAGGGCUCUCCACCUCUUGACUGUUAUUCAUUGAUUUUUGUAGAUGAGACUCUUCAUCAAUUUAAGUUGCAUGUUUGUUUGGGCCUUGGUUUUUUUUUUUUUUUUAAUUUUUUAAUUUUUUUUUAAAGAAGGUUGCAUUCAGGCAGAAUUGUCAUUGUCAUUAUAUCUGGGACAAAAUAGGCCUGUGUGAUACUGACAGCAUAGAUACAUCUUCUAGCAGGGAAGAUGAGGAGCAUGUGGGUGGAGAGGGUUGCGUAAGUCUACUACUUCCCUCAUGGUUGCCUUCUCACCUUUUUUUGUGUUGACUUACAAAUGGGUGCAAGUUACAGCACUUUACUACUUGUGCCCAUGUUCCUAACAACACAAAGUCCAUAUCUAGCAUAGAUCUUAACAUGCAUAAUGCUUAUUACCUUGCAUACUACCAUUGUUGUCCAGUGAGUGUAUUACAUCCUUGCCUUUCAUCUGUUGUCCCAGUUAAGCUGCUGCAAAAGGGUCACAUAAAGUUGUGGUUUUCUCCAGCAGAUAUAUAUUGAGCUACUCACUGUUUCUGUGAGAAUUUGCAAUCCAGACUCAUUCCAGGGCAAAUGCUAAAGGGUCUAAGAAAUGGAUGUAAGAAAAGAUGAGAUAGAUCAGAUGUUUGCAGUUCAAUGCCUUGGAGCCAGCCUUUGUGAAUCAGAUACACAGCUCAGAGCAGCCAGAAGACUUCUUGUAUCCCACCUCUGCACCUAAACCAACUCCUAGAAGCCCUCAAGCAGCAGGAAACACUCCCCUUGGUGCCAGUGCCUGCACUGUUACCAUCUGUUCCUGGAAAAUUACCCAUUGUAGUCAGCAUCAUUCCAACACUGUUUGUAGGAUCCAGCACCCUGCCAGUGACACCUAUACCCCAUCAGUGACACUUUCUGUGUCUCCUGAGAAAACCCCUUCUGUUCCCAGACUGUCCAGUAAUACAACAUUGGUACUCUAUUUCUCAUCUGCUUCAUGGUUAGUGUAGCCACAAUAUUAUAAAGAUCUGUUUUCACUGUUAAGAUACACAGUACUCAAAGUUACAUUCAUAAAGCACACGCUUAUUUAUUUUUUUUUCUUUUUACUUUCCUAUCUAUUUUUCUUCUGUUUUCAUGACAUCUAUCAGUAUUUUAUUUCUCUGCUCAUGCUCAUGAUAUAUAUCUGAUCUCUGGUUGCAGGAGGGGUAAAUUAUUGACUAAAAUGGGUUACUCUGUUAAUAGGUAUUAAGCAUUAACACCAGACUUUGUACAGCCUUGAAGUAAACAGACAAAUGUAUUGUGGCAGA